GGUUUUGUUCAUUAAUUCUUUUAGUUUUACGUUACAAUGGAUUUUAUACGCCCAAUUCUGUACCUAUUGUUUAUUUGCCAUGGAUCAUUUUCAGAACUUAACGGACCCAGAGCUGUAUCUACUCUUGAUUUUGUUGUUGUGGUGAGCAAACAUGGAGCCCGGGCAGCGACUCAUACUUACCCAACGGAUCCGUAUAGGAACAAGGGUUGUUGGCCAGACGGAGCGGGACAGCUGACGAGGGUAGGCAAGUACCAGAUGUAUCGGCUCGGGCAGAAGUUGAGGCAUUUGUACAACAGCUUCCUCAGUCCCGUGUACCAUGGGUCUCAGAUUCUGCCGCAGUCAACGCUCGUAGACAGGACUAUGGCCAGUGCUGCCACUUUGCUGGCCGGACUUUACCCUCCAAUGGGACGACAACAGUGGCAUCCCAAUAUCACCUGGCAGCCUGUCCCCAUCUACCCUAACCUGCUGGAUAAAGCAUUGUUGGUUUUGGAGCCGGAGCAGUGUCCACGAUAUCUCCACGAGCAGAACGUUUCCGUCCAAGCAAUCCCAACGGUACAGCUGGGGUUCCACGAUCUUCACGAUGUUUACGCUGCCAUGUCGGCCGGGACUGGACGCAACAUCACUUCUCUAUCCCAGAUGUUCAUCCUCUACCAGAAUCUUGCGGCCCUGGAAGAAAACAACAUGGCAUUACCUGAGUGGGCCGAGCCGAUCUUCAAGUCAAGAAUCGUACCAAUCGUGAGCCACAUGAUACGACACACUACAAUGCGGAACAUGAAAAUGAUCAAAAUACUUAUAGGACCUUUCCUGGACAGUAUGUUGAACCUGCUUCAGCAGCGGCCUGAGAUGGUGACAGCCGAGCAGGUCAAGGAGAGACUGCGCAUGUUGGUACACGUUGGUCAUGACAUCACAAUCAUGUGUCUCAUGGCAGUGCUGGGCUACAAAGAAGAAGAUAUCCCGGAGGCAUCGGAAUCAUUAGUGCUCGAGGUCCAUCACAAUUCUGUUCUGCCCUCGGAGUAUCAACUGCAGGUUUUCAAAAUCAACGGUCGAGCAAACAGUACAGAAGUUCCUGAACUCCUAGAACUUCCCAACUGUAAGUCCCCUUGUGACUUACACAGCUUCAUAGAAAUGUCCAGGAAGUUCACGACAAAGGAUUGGAAUCAAGAGUGUCUUGAUAUGACAUCAGGGAGCGAUCGAUGAUCGUAUGAAACGAGAAAAGUAACAGGAAACUUGUUUUUACUAGACGUAUUAAGAAAUUUACGAAAAAAACAUUGUGCUGUAUUGUAAACCUUGUAAAUAACGUAAUAUAACAGUAUUCAAUAUUCAAACCCCUCUUGUUUAUUCUUAUGUACAUGGUGCAC